CAGAGUGACGUUUCGGACUUUAUUUACAAGCCGUAUUUAAUCGAGAAGCGCCUGUCAAAACACUCAAUGGAAGUUUAAAAGCGAAAGGUCCGUGCAAAACAUGUUUCACCUUCGUCCACCGUCGGUUGUGUAUUUGUAGCUUCGUCAACCAGAUAUUUUAAAGUAAUCGUGCAGAACUGCAUUCAUCUUUUGGCCUCCUUUGUUAGUGGAUUGCUAGCCUUCACCCAAGCAAGUGUUUUUUGUAGAGGCUUUUCCACUCAGCAAUUCUGUAGCUUGUUUUUGAUCAUCAUGGAGGAUGAAACAAUAGAAGUCUAUCUCCACGUUUACGACAUGACACGUGGAAUGGCUCAACUUAUGUCUGCAGCUAUCUUGGGAAAACAAAUUGAUGGCAUUUGGCAUACCGGAGUUGUUGUCUACGGUCGUGAAUAUUUCUUUGGGGGUCAAGGCAUUACCAGUUGCUUACCAGGCGAGACCGUCUUGGGCCAACCUAACCAGAUCCAUCCUCUCGGCGCCACCCAAAUCCCCUUCUCCAUCUUCGUUGACUACGUUCGAGGCUUGGCCGAUUCCACAUUUAGGCCUGAUGCGUAUAAUUUACUGCGACAUAAUUGCAACACCUUCUCCAACGAACUUGCUCAAUUUCUCUGCGGCAGUUCCAUCCCGCAACACAUCCUCGAUCUUCCCUCGGAAGUCCUUAGCACUCCGUUCGGACAGACUCUGCAGCCGCUGUUGAACAGUCUGAGUGGAUCGAGCAGCCAGAGCGGGAUACCGGUAUUGCCGUUGGAUUUAGACGGAGGUCGAACCGUCAAUCGAGCACCUUCGCCGGGAGCCGUUGAAUUGGAGCGGGCCAUCGAGGACGCCCGACGCGACUCUCUCAAGCUCGAAGAGCGUCGAAACACCAUUUUGGAAAAAGUUGAGAAAUUGGAGAAGAAGAAAGCCAAGAAGCAGCUACAACAAGAGCGACAGUCCAGUUCAUCAACCUCUGCGCCUGAAAAGAAAAUGGCCGACGCAUCCGAAGCAAAUAGCGCCCGAGAAGGAUCGGAAGAAGAGAACUCGAAGGCACCAAGGGAACCGCCCAUCGUUUUCAAAGAUUUGAUUGACGUAAGAAAGGAGUACGAAGGCUUGGCUGAAUGUAUUGCCAAGGUCGGUCAAGAUGACGACCAUCAAUCUAUGGCCGAACUGAAGCAGUACGUCAUCGACGACGAAGGCUCGUGGGCGUUGGGAGACAACUUUCUCAUUUUCAUCGCCAAAUGGCUCAAUGAUGACCAACCAUCCAACGAUCGACUCCGCGUUCAACUACUUACGGUGCUCGCCGCCGCCGCUUUGAAAGAUGACGUUAUUUUGAUACUUCACCAGGAUCGUCGCGAUCAUAUCCUUAUGAAUUACGCUCACAAUAUUGACCGUUUACCUAUGUCAGAACAGGAAGCCCUUGCACUGUUUAUGUGCAACCUAUUUGAAAAUGGGUCCAGCUCCGAGUGGCUUUUGUACAUUUCUGAAUGGACAGCGCCGCACACUACCUCGCCUUUGAGCAAUAUUCGCGUCACAACGAAAGUGGCCGUCACUGCCUUGCUGUCUGAUAACCCGUUGCUUCAAGACAGGGGCAGUGCCAUCAUUUAUAACCUGGCCAUCAAGGAGAAAAUGGAACGCACUCGUGAUUUUGCCGAAUUGCUGCCCCGUGGUGCUCUUUCGAAGGUUUUCGACGAUGUGGCCACCGAAUUAGCCAUGGCCAUUUUACAAUUCUUUAGUGCCGAACAUGGCGAAGAGCACAUCUACCGAUGUAUGAAGGGCUUAGUCAGGUUCGCCUACAUUGCUCACAGUGAAGUGCCCGCUCUGAUCAAGAUGAUAGGGCCCGAUCCGACUCAGUUCAAAGGAAUGUCAGCUCGAAUUGAUGAGCUUGUCGAACCACUGCUGGACCGCCUUCGUUCUGUACGUGGCAUGGAUUAAUUCCAUCCUAUGACGCAACAUUUACGGUUUCUCAUAUUUUUUAACAAACAUUUCUGCAGGUAACAAAUAACUGAGCCAACCAGAAGUGUUGAUAUAAUGUCUAAUAAAAUAUUUAAAAGAA